GCGAGGCGGACGCCGAGUCCUCCCGCUCCCCCUUGCAUUCUGAGAACGAGGAAAGCUCUGAACAUGAGGGGGGCUCUGAACAUGGGUCUGAUCACGAAGAGCACGACCCUGAAUCCGUCUUCGAUCCAGCAGGCUUUGCCGGUCCGAAGACCGUCAAGCCUCUAACUCGUGAAGCGCUUGCUGCGUUCCAGGCAGCCCAGGACAAAGCUGGCAUCAUCUAUAUAUCCCGCAUACCCCCUGGCAUGCGACCAGCCAAGGUUCGCCACCUCAUGAGCGCGUACGGGGAAGUCGGCAGAGUAUACCUCCAGCAAGAAGACCCCAAGCGUGCAUACCUUCGCAAGAAGUAUACAUCGACGAACAAAGCCCACUUCACCGAAGGCUGGGUCGAGUUCAAGGACAAGAAGAUCGCGCGAAGUGUCGCCGAGCUUCUCAACGCACAACCCAUUGGGGGAAAGAAGGGGACGCGAUUCUAUGACGACGUAUGGACCAUGAAGUACCUACCAAAAUUCAAGUGGAACAUGCUCACUGAGCAAGUCGCCCACGAAGCCGCUGUGCAUACCGCCAAGCUACGUGCAGAGCUGCAACAGUCGAGAAGCGAGCAGCGUGAAUACCUCAAGAACGUCGAAUUGGCUCGUGUACUCGACAAGCGCGCGCAGCGCAAGAAGGAGAAGGGGGAGGAAUUUGAGCUCAAGCCCAAUAAUCGCAAGCGGCCAGCCGAUGAUGCGGAGAAGAGGGUCAAGAAGCCGAGACGGGAAGAGCCUACCCGUAGUCAGGAUAUCGGGGACGUUCUCAGUAAUGUGUUCUAGUUUGCUUAUCCGUGUACAGGGUGCUAUCUGUGAUACAGAGGACUUCGCCGCGA